AUGAUUUUCUAUGACCACACUCUUAUUCUAAGGCCGUUUCAGUUGUCCAACAACAAUGAGCAGUUUCAUUGCAGGGCUUGUGGCUUCGAUGAUUCUGAACUUUCUCUGUUCCAAUCAUACUAUUGCUGUGACUCGUGCAAUUUCAAUCUUCAUGUUGAAUGUGCUUCUAUACCCAUAACUUUGAACCAUAAAAAGAAAUACCCACUUCAUCUGUUCCUUUCCUUCCCAAUAACCAGUGAGGCUGCUGCUCUCUUUUGCUCAAUUUGUGCUAAAGAAGUUCCCACUUCGGGAUGUUGGGUAUUUUACAACCACGAUCAUGAUUACCUCUGUCACUUUGAAUGUGCUGCUGUAACUGAAUAUGCAACAAAUAAUGAUUCCAUGAGUGAACUUCAAACCCGACUACAAACUCUGGUUCUAACUAACUCCCCUCCUACACCGCCUGAUCUAUCGUGUGGAGAUGUCACUCAUUACCAUGCUCUCAGAGAGUUCGUCUCAUCCUGGCCCUUGAGGUUCAACUUGUGUGAGUUUACUGUUUUUUCUGGGUACAUUUGCAGUGAUUGCAAUUACUUUAUCGACAAGAAUUGCUUCUCCAUUCCAUCCAAGAUUCAACACAUGUCUCAUCCCCAACACCCUCUCAAAUUUACUCGCUACACAGAUUUUAUGCAUGAGGAUCUUAAAUGCACAGGCUGUGAUGCUGAUUUCAAACACUUGGGCAACGGCAGGGCGUACUAUUGCACCCAAUGUAAAUUCAUUAUUAAUCGUUAUUGUGCUUCAGCUCCCAAGAGCUUGACCUUGGAGGAUAAUGUCUCUUACGAGCUCUUCUUUUCAUUCCCCUUCAAACACGGGAAUGCAGAGAUCGAUUGCAACAUUUGUUCCGAUGUAGUGGUGAUUAAAGAUGGACUGUUUUACUAUAAUCGUGAGUGUCAUGAAGCUUUGCACGUUAUUUGUGCCCUUGAUGAAGAAGCCGGAUUUGAUAAUGACAAGAUGGACAUGUUAUCUAUUCAACGCUUACAGGAAUUGAGGAUAAUUUGA